AAAAGAUAAAAAACAUAUUUACUGAUCCCAUGUAAUAGAGAUACAAGAGGAUAUGUCUGAGAUGAAUAGUGAAGCAAAGAGACUCUGGGACCGUGUGGAGGUUUUCCGUCAGGUGGAGGAGUCAUCAUGGAAAAUACUGUCUCCGCUAUUGAAUGGAACCACAUCCUUGUCGCAUGUUGAUGGGUCUAUGUAUUCUGUUCAGGUGCCAGAUAUGAUUUACAAGGAACAUGCAACAGAAAUAAAUAAGCUAGGGUUGCAAGGCUUGUAUCAAGAAGACAAACUAGAUUUGCUGAGUCUGGUCCAAUAUGCCAACUUGGCCCUCAAGUCCCUUCUUGCAACUGUGCAUAAAACACACUCACAGGCCAGGCCUGAGUCGACAGAGGAGCUGAAGGUCCAGAUGGGUCGUGUGGCUAGCUUGAGUGAGACUGUGAAUGAACUUACCACAAAGUUGAAUACUCUCUUGCCUGAAUUAAUGGAGUCUGUUGCAGUGCACCGCCAGCAAAUCACACUGCCUGUCCCCACUCUGGAGAGUAUUGAGCAAGAUGGAAAGCCCAACCUCUGUCCUCCAACACCUCCUCUGUGUCUUGUCAACACACCUGUGGCCAAUGGGGGGCCCAAGUAUGCUCCUCUCAUGCUCACCCCUGGUGUGCACAAACCUCAUGCAAGAGGGCCCCAGAUGGAUGCUAAUACCACUCCUAACAGGAUGCUCACCACGCAUAGUAUGGCACGAGCUGCCAGAAAGUCACCCAAGGCCAAUGUUCUCUAUUCCUCGGCAACCCAUAAAGAUGACUCAGUCUUGAUUGUAGCUGGGGAAGAAGCUAAAGUUCCUGAAGCAGAGGAAGGGCUGGGAAUAGAGAUGCUGACAGUGGACUGUCGGGUGCGCUACCAGAGGAAGAAGCAGGAGGAGCUGGAGGCAUUAUUGGAAAAGUACCAACCACAGCAUAGCAGAGAAGGGAAGAAGACAGCAAUCCCCAAAAGAAUAAAAAUUCCCAAAGAGAACAAGAAACCACCAGAGAACAACAAACUCUCAGACUGUAGCAGUCGUGUGACCAAGAAAAUCCUGGCCAAAGUGGAAAUGAACGUGAAAGAAACAAAUGUUAGAAGUGGAAAGGCAUUGGCUAUAUGUCCGGAUAAUGGAGAGGAUCUUGACAGUUCACUGAUAAACAGAGUGAGUUGUUCUAUCUUCAGCCAUACUCUUAUUUUACUAAACACCUCUGCCUCUCACCCCCUCUCCCUGUGUUUCUUGCCCUCUCUCUCCCUGUUUCUUGCACUUUCUCUCCCUGUGUUUCUUGCCCUCUCUCUCCCUGUUUCUUGCCCCCUUUCUCCCUCACACACUCCCUCUCCCUGUGUUUCUUGCACACACUCCCUCUUCCUGUGUUUUUAG